GAGUGUUUCGUUCAGCGAGAAGCCUUCCUCUGGCCCACCCCCGGCGCGCGCUCGCGCCAUGGAGCCCAAGGUCACCUCGCCAGUGACGGCGGCCGAGAAGGUGGACGGUUUCAGUCGGAAGUCCGUCCGGCGAGCGCGGCAGAGGCGGUCUCACGGCUCCUCCCAGUUCCGGUAUCAGAGCAGUCAGGUGGAGCUGACCCCUCUGCCCCUCCUGAAAGAUGCCCCCGUCUCCGAGCUGCACGACCUCUUCUGCAAGAAGCUGCAACAGUGCUGCACCAUCUUUGAUUUCAUGGACUGCGUCGCCGACUUGAAGGGAAAAGAGAUCAAGCGGGCGGCCCUCAACGAGCUGGUGGAGUGCAUCGUCGCGGGGCGAGGGCUGCUCAUCGAGCCCAUCUACCCCGAGAUCAUGAAGAUGAUCUCCCUCAACAUUUUCCGGACCCUUCCGCCGAGCGACAAUCCAGAGUUCGACCCAGAAGAGGAUGAGCCAAACCUCGAACCUUCUUGGCCCCACUUACAGUUGGUCUAUGAGUUCUUUCUGCGGUUCCUGGAGAGCCCAGACUUCCAGCCGGCUAUUGCCAAGCGAUACAUCGACCAGAAAUUCGUCCUCCAGUUGUUGGAGCUCUUUGACAGCGAGGACCCUCGGGAACGGGAUUUUCUCAAAACUGUCCUGCACCGUAUCUAUGGCAAAUUCCUCGGGCUCCGAGCCUUCAUCCGCAAACAGAUCAAUAAUAUAUUUUUAUGGUUUAUAUACGAGUCCGAACACUUCAAUGGAGUGGCUGAGCUGCUGGAGAUUCUGGGCAGCAUCAUCAAUGGGUUUGCUCUGCCGCUGAAGGCUGAGCACAAGCAGUUCCUGCUCCGGGUACUGAUACCACUGCACACCUCGCGGACGCUGUCUCUCUUCCACGCCCAGGUAAGGGGCAAGGGCGGGCAGGGUACUCGGCCGGGGGCAAGGGGUGGAAUCUGGGAUUCAUUGCUUCAGGUAGCCAUGGGCACCAAGUUGACUGGGGAGGAUGGGGUUAAUAAAUCGGCCACGAUAGAAUGGUGGGGCAGGCUCGACGGGCCAAAAGGCCUUAUUCUGCUCCCCUCGGAUUACCAGCCUGCACACGGCAGGCCCGGCUGUCUUCUGUCUCUGCAGGUGGCGGAGCGGGCCCUGUAUUUCUGGAACAAUGAGUACAUCCUGAGUCUGAUCGAGGAGAACUGCCAGGGGAUCCUGCCCAUCAUGUUCGGAACGUUAUACCGAGUCUCCAAGGAACACUGGAACCAGACAAUCGUCUCCCUCAUCUACAACGUGCUGAAGACCUUCAUGGAGAUGAACAGCACCCUGUUUGACGAGCUGACAGCAUCCUACAAGGUGGACAGGCAGAGGGAGAUCAAGAAAGAACGGGAGCGGGAGGAGCUGUGGCGGAGGCUGGACGACCUGCAGCUGAGGAAGAUGAAGGGUUUGGAGGGCCUAGACGAUCUUCACAACGGGCAGAGUGUCCACUGUCCCGACUAGUUGCCGAGUGCCAGGGUGACCAGAUAGGCAAAGGUGCCCCCCCACCCCGAUCCUGCCUCAACCAUCCCGUCUCCCCAGUCCAGUGACAGCGGCUGGCGAGCUCCAGGGCUCUGCACCAGAUACGUUGGCAAUCUUUGUUAAAUGUCUAGACGACACUCUCCCCUCCUGGAGGAGAGAAAAUGUAUUUUGAAUCUUCUAAAACAGUAAUUUGAAACAUUUAUCUAGUAGAACGCCUCAUGCAGAAUGUUAACCCUCUUCCCCGUGUUUUCCGCGCCUGCACCCUCCCUCUAUCGCCCCAUGUGGAUGUAAAGGACAUUGGACCUUCUGCUUGGGCAGUGUUGGUCAGGGUCAUUGCCACGGACAGCUCACGCACCCGGCCUGUCCCUUCCCGCGGCCAGCACCGCCCCUGCCUCUUCCGGAGGCGAGGCGGACAUCCCUGCCUCUGCCCCUCCCUCCAGCCGGACCCUUCACUGGGAAGUGGGGACGAGCGGAGCGGGGAGCAGGCGGGAUGGUUCUGCCCUUAAUAUGGGGGAAGGUGGGGAGGCAAUCAGUUUCCCCCGGGUGGGGAGAUGGGACAGGGAAAGGGGUCAGUGAGCUGUGAACAUCCUGCCCCAGAUGAGGGGAGCGGGAGAGGUGUUGGACCGUGUUUCGUUCCAAUGCAGGGGCAGGUGGCACCCAGGACCUUGGUGAAGAAAUGGGCCGUCUGGGAGAUGGCCGGAGGGGUGGGAGGACGGUAGUCUCGAGGGGGCAAGCUUCUGAAAUUGGUGGUGCCCUGGGGUUGAGGUCCUGGAGGUGGAUCCGAGGGCGGGGAGAGUCCGGGUGCUGACCCUGUUCGCUCAAAUCCCGUCCCUUUCCGCCACGUCACGUCCCGAGUCCGGAGCGCUGUCCGGAUCUCACUGCCUUUCUCACCGGCUGGGCACCCCACCCCCAGCGGCAGGGGUGGCGAGGCACCUGCUGCCCCCUCGCCAGGGGGAGUGACACCCCAGCCCAGGGUGGGGGGUUGGCACGGCUGGGCUGGCGAGGUGACUGGCUCUCCCUCCACACAGGGACCCGGCCAGCAGGCUGGGCACAACCGGCGAGGUGGGGGGUUCCAGGCAGCAGGCGGAAAGCUGCGUUAGGUCACCUGAACCGGCUCCCACCCCUCCCCACCCUCCGGUCUCCAGCACCGCGUACCCCAUCUCCUGAUGUCACUCCCCUUCCCAGACGACGUCCACCAGUGCAAUCACUUUCUGACGAGCUCCCCCCCCCAACUCUGCCACAGCGAGGUCCUGCCCCCUCACAGGCUGGGGACCCCCACACCUCGCUCCUGUUGAGUGCAAUAAACUUUCAAAACACUGAA